AUGGGUAUAAAUAGUGUUCUAAAAAAAAUAACACCACUAAAUAUUUUUUCUUUACUUAUGAUGAGAUCACCUAUUGAAACAGCUGCCACUCUUAUAAUAACUGGUAUCUUGUCUGCUUUAUUCGUAUAUUGUUCCAAGAAUGAAGAUGACACAAUAACGGCUAGGGAAGGCAACAUAAAUAAAGAUCCUUCUAACACCAAUGAUGACUCCGAUAUAGAAGAUUGGGUUGAAAUUGGGAUGAAAACUGAAAUCUCUAAUAUCGAAAAAUAA